UUCGUCUUUGAUGCUUUCAAGAACACUCAAAGACCAUCAGGUCAAACAGGUCAACGAUAAACUAUCUUCUGAGCAUCUGCAGCGGGAUGCCACACUGGGGGUCACGGCGUUGACAGACUGUCUGGCGGAUACAUUGAACGUCCGAGUUGCCUCCGCUUUCAAAAAUCAGCGGGAUAUUGAGGUUGAGGCAAAGAAACUAUCUGCUGCGACUGCUCAGCAUGGCCGGCAAUCUCGGCAGUGGCUGACCUUAGUUAAUGACUUUAACGCAGCUUUGAAGGAGCUGGGAGAUAUCCAGAGCUGGUCUUCUGUGAUCGAGCGCGACUUGCGUGAUGUGUGUCUAACCUAUGAGCGGGCUCAUGGAGUGAUUAAGGAGACUGCAGAUCGAUAGUGAAUCAGCAAAGAUAGACAGCAAAAUAACAUCGCGCUGGUAUUACACGACAAGGGAGCCAAAGAUACUGCAUUAUGUUUGCGAUGACAAGCUAUAUAGUGAUUACUGUCAGCAAUAUCACUUACUGAUGGCGCCCCUUAAUAUUCUCCUUUGUGCC